AUGGCCCUCAGGUUUUAUCUCAACAAAGGUAGAGAUAAAAAGUUGGUAUGUUGUAUUAACAGCCAUCAACAUUUAAAAAUUUUGACAGCGUUUAUGGAUGGAACAAAUUUCAAAUUUCAACCAUCCCUUUGCCUUGAUGAUCAUAGGCAAUCUAACUUUCAGACAAAAAAUAGUUGACCUUGAAUUCCAUAUACAUUCCAUUCUCAGUAUUUGUUAUGCAAUCAGUGGCUGCUACAUUACAUGUAACUGACAGUAAAUGUGUGCCCAUCGAGUACAUGUUCAAAAUAAAUAACCUCAAACUAUGUUAAUUUUGCUUUCUCUGUUAUUAUUUUUUUUCAUCUUCUCAUCCCCACACCUCAUGAAAACCCUGUGUGUAGAUAUUUCUAGUUAUUAUUAUUAUUAUUAUUAAUUAUUAUUAUUACCGUGUAUUAACAUUAUUAUUAUUUUUAAUUAUCACUUGUGUUCAUACACUUUAGAAAAUCAUUGAAUUUGGGUGUGAGGCUUUUAAUUAUUAGUCAGGUGGAUCAGAAGUAUAGGCAGUGGAAUUGAAAAGAGUAAUGGUGGCUGAUGAUAUAUUUUUUUCUUGCUUUAUCAAUGUUUGAAGUUCUAAAUUCACACCCACUAGCCCGUAUCAAGCUCAGUAGUUGUGAGGCCCUGCCAGGGGGGGUCCCAUGUCGCCCAUCUGAAUUUCAAAACGUCUCGUGUCGGUGUUUAUAAAUGCUUGUCGCUUAUUGUCAGCUUUGCUGUCACUGUCGUAAUUUGGCCGAGGGAGGUUGUCUGUUGUCGCGAUUUACUACUUUUUGGGCCGUAUCGCUUGUCGGAAUUUACCCUGGCAGGGCAUCAGUUGUGGUAAUUGCCUUCUAAAACAUUGCAACAAAAUAGUAACUGUCAGUGGAGUUUAUUAAGUGUUGUAUGUGUGUGACUCUCUUUGCAGAAUGCAUUUAGGAGGCUUGAUGGCAACCUCCUGGUAGGUAACAUUUUGGCCCAGCACAAUGGAACUUAUUUCUCAACUAAUAAAUUAAAAUGUACCAUCCUUGCUUCUCGUUAUUAUUUUUUGUAUGGUGCAUGUUUCACUAGAGAGCUAGCAAAACAACUGGCCAAAUUUAAACAAGUACAAGUCAGCGUGUUGGUUCCAGAAGAUACUCGUUACAAUGAGUACGAGGAGAGAAAAGCCAAAGAGAGCGGAGUUACCAUUGUUAAAGCCAAGAAACGACCAGGUUUUUUUGAGUCCAUUGAGUGGCUGAACUACCCACCAGCAGACCUCAAAACAGACAUUGUUAUUGGAGUUGGUGAGCAACUGGGUAAGGUUGCACAGAACUGGAAGAUGCGGUAUCAGUGCAAAAGCAUUCAAUUUGCCGGUGGAAAUGAUUGGGAAAGGGUGUAUCAUGACACUGUUUUUGACCAUGCGGGGCUCCUGUAUGAUAGGCAUAUUAAUCGUUUUAGGGGGCUCUCCCUGUCUGCUGAUAUUCCUGUUGCAGUUGGACCAAAGACAGCUGAUAAACUGUCUGCCUCCCUCCGCUCGAAAGGGAAACAAGUGUUAGGCUUCACUCCUGGAAUAAUCAGCGAAUUUAGUAGCUUGACCCACGCCACUAAGGAUGGAACAGAUUUCCGUGUAUUGUUUGUUGGUGGGAUUAAUCCUGACAAUUCUCAGGAAGAUGGGGUUGAACUUGCUACCAAAACAAUGGCUGAGUUAAAUGAUAAAUCCUAUCACCUAAUUCAUGUUGGUGCAGGGAAAGGAAGAGAGCAGCAAUUUGCCAAUUUAUUUCAUCAGUCUGGUGUUCCUAAAAGGCAGUUUGAAAUGAGAAACCCUCCACAAACUGAUGAAGAGUGGAAAGAUCUAUUGUGUGAGGUGGAUCUCGCCAUUAUGCCAUCAGGUGAUGAGGAGUUUGGUGGGGAGGCACUUGUUGCAUUAUCUGCUGGGCUUCCUGUGCUUGUCCAUGAGGAAUCAGGAUUUGGCAGGGCUCUCAAGGAUGUCGGAUUUGGCCAAAGUGCCAUUGUGGAUUCUGAUGAUCCCAAACAGUGGGCUUCGAGAAUCAAGAAAGUCAGAGAAACAAACAGGAAGACCAGGCUUGAGCAAGCUGCAUUGUUGCGUUCUAAGUACGAUGAGAAGUACAGCUGGGCAAAACAGUGUGGAGCUCUGGUUGAAAUGAUGUGUAUGAUGGCUUCUGGUAUGGAGUUGUUUUUCAUAUUUAUUUUUAUACUACUACAUGAGAAAUUUCUGCAAUUUGAUUAG